UUCUAUAUCUGAUAAGCAUAAAUUAUCCGACUUAGCAUUGAAGGAUCACUUUAUACAUCGCGCGGUUAGCUGUAGGGGACAAUGAUCAGAACUGCCAUUUUAUCUGUGAUCGCAUUGGCUUCUGUCAAUGCUGUUUCUGUGAAAUAUUCCACAUGCAGAUCACAUGGCGUCCAUGGCACUCUCACAACUGUGGAUGUCGAGCCAUGCCCCGCAGAGCCAUGCGCUCUCCCCCACGGCAAGAACAUAACACUGAGGGCAACCUUCACUCCAUCUGUUGACUCUAACACAUUCAAAUCCUCUGUUCAUGGCAUCAUUCUUGGACUUCCGGUUCCCUAUGGAGUUCCUCACGGAUCACUGUCCGGACCCAUUGUAUCUGGACAGGAAGUAACCUACACAAACACUCUCUACGUAUCUCCUGCUUAUCCCAAGAUUCGGCUUAAUGUAGAAUGGGAGGUAUUGGACGAUCACCAUAGAGACUUGUUCUGUUUUAUCAUCCCUGUGCAUAUCACAAGUUAAUGACCGGUUAUGUAAUUAAUACAUGUAUGUGUAAAAUCGUAUUUCAUGUUUAAAACUGUUCUUUGUGUAAUAAAUCAUCUAGUCUCUUAAA